AUGAAGCUCAUCACUGCUGCAGCGAUCCUCGCUUGGGCCUCGGAGCGCACCGCGGCUGCCACGGCCGGGGUCCAGAGCCCCCAAAGCGCUUGUUGCACAGCGCUGGCCAAGGACAAGAACCUCGUGGGCAAGGUCAUCAAUCCCACAAAUGCUCUCUACAGCCAGCGUCUUGACACGUACUACUCCGCCAACGCGGCUCAGGAGCCAUGGUGCAUGGUGCUGCCCCUGGGCACCGCCGAUGUAGCUGCCACCGUGAAGAUCCUGACCAAGAACCAGUGUCCCUUUGGCAUGAGGAGUGGUGCUCACUCCGCCUGGGCAGGGUCCAACGGCAUCAAGGACGGAGUGACUAUUGACUUUGCGUACAUGAACACGACGACCUACAACAAGGCAGCAGGAACCGCUUCCAUCCAGCCUGGUUCGGACUGGGAGCGCGUCUUUGAUGCGCUUGACCCUUUCGGCGUCUCAGCCGUUGGCGGUCGGGCAUCUGUUGUCGGUGUUGGCGGCUUCACGACCGGCGGCGGUUACUCCUUCCACUCCAACUCUGAGGGGUUCGCCUGCGACGCUGUUGCCAACUUUGAGGUUGUCCUCGCUGAUGGCAGGGUGGUCAACGCCAACGCCAAACAAAACGCCGACCUCUGGAAGUCUCUCAAAGGUGGUUCGGGCAACUUUGGCCUCGUCACGCGUAUUGACCAAUACGUUGUCGACUCAAACUUGAUGUGGGGAGGUCUCAGCACGUACGACACGAGCAAACGCGAUGAGCUCUUCAACGCAUAUUUGAACUUUGGCAACAACAUGGACAAGGACCUCGCCAGUCAGAACAUCAUUGCAAUGAUCUACAACUCUGCAGGGUUCAUUUUUGUGUCCGUUUUGAGCAACAUCGAUGCCAUUGAUAACGCGCCCGCUUUCAACGAGUAUCGCGUCAUUCAGAACACGUCAAGCACGGCCCGCAUCGCCCCCGUCGCACAGCUCGUUCCCGACUUCACCGGCCCGACUCCUCUCGGACUCUAUGCAAGCUGGAUGAAUGGCAUGACGAAGCAUGAGCUCCAUGUCAUGGAGUUUAUCCAACAGGCGCAUCAAGAAUACGUCGGCAAGAUGAAGGCAGCCGCUCCGAGCUCCAACUUUGAAGUGCUGCUACAGUUCCAGCCCGUGACGCAGUCGAUUGUCAACCACAGUGUCCGCAAGGGUGGCAACGUCCUCGGUCUCGAGACCAUCGUCAAGGACGGCCCGGUUCUAAUGUGGCUGAUUGCUCUCACCGUUGACACGCCUGCGAACCAGGAGAAGAUCCUGCCCAUUUGCCUUCAGCUCCGUGAUGCAAUCAACGCCUAUGCCGACAAGACUGGUUCGCAGAAGAACUGGGAAUUCCUCAACUACUCCUUCAGCGACCAGGACCCUAUCUCCAGGUACGGCGCGAAGAAUAUUGCACACGUCAAGGCUGCGUCCAAGAAGUACGAUCCCAAGGGUGUCUUCCAGAAGCUGCGCCGUACUGGAUUCAAGCUGCCCGCCUGA